CUGGAACUAGAGAAAAAGGACCACCCCUCUUCUGAGGCAAACUUCCCCGUCCCUUUCUCAUUCCACCACCCCGGGCCUAAAGCAGGUGAUCUGAUAAGAUGUGGUAGAUUUAGGCACUCUGCUGAGAACAGAACGCUCAACCAGUCAGUAACCAGAGGCCUCCUACAGAUAUAGCAGCACCGUGGUGCCUUCAGAAAUUCUUCAGGAGACACCUUGAGCUACGUUUUGAGCCACUUUGCAGAAGAUUCAGAAUGUCUGAUUCCACCUCCAUUAUGGAGUUUAGCGGAACGCAUCAAGCUUUCCGAGACCGCUGGGCGAAGACGGAUGAUGAGAUGUGCAAACACAGUAUGUCUUUCCACUUGCACAAAACUCUGAGGAAGGAGUUCUUCGCCAGCUACCUGUACCUCCAGGAACAGAUUCCUCUGGUGAAACUCUAUGCGGUGACUUGUGAAUACAUUAAAGGGGAGAAGCAGUUUUACUACAGGGCACAAAACUUCUACAAGGAUGUCCCGGCAUCCGAGGAGGGCAUGAUGGGAGAUUUUGUGGAGAUAUCAGAGAUCGACCUCGAAGGCUCAAGACAGUUCCUGAAGAAAUUUGUUGGUCCAGGAAAGGCUGGCACCAAGCGGGCACUAGACUGCGGCUGUGGAAUCGGUAGGGUGUCCAAAGGAGUUCUGUUUCCUGUGUUUGAAUCCAUGGAGAUGCUUGACAUGAUGGAGGAGUUUAUCCUCCACGCUCAUGAGGUUUACCUCGGAGAUUACGCAGACCGGGUGGAGGCCUACUACCUUUACAAUCUGCAGGAAUUCACCCCACCUACAAAGAAAUACGACGUCAUCUGGCUGCAGUGGGUUGCCUGUCAUCUUACUGAUAAGGACCUGAUGGAGUUUUUAAAACGUGCUAAGCAGAGCCUGAGGCCCAACGGUGUAAUCAUCAUUAAAGAUAACAUGGCACGGCAGGGAUGCAAGCUGGACCCUAUUGACAGCAGCAUUAUUCGCCACCUGGACAUCAUGAAGAACAUCAUUCAGACAGCAGGCCUCACCAUACUGGACGUGGAAAAGCAAGAAGGUUUUCCAGAGGCUAUUGUGCCUGUAUGGAUGAUUGCCAUGCGCUAAAGGAAAGAUUUUCUUUUAGAUGGAUAUGUUGUACAUGCACUUAUGUAUAGUAAAUAUUAUAAAAGCAUAAAAAAGAAUUUUAUUAUUCCAUUUACCAGCUUAUAUGUCAAACUGUAGUAAUUUCAGUAUGUGGAAAUCUGUGGAUCUUAUUUAUCGGUAACCAUGCAGUUUCCAUCUUUCCAAUGACUUUUGCAGUUUUGAAAGGCAAUGAAAACAGUAUGUUAUGUUUGUACUUCAUAUACAUGUAUGGUUAAGAUAAUGCAGAAGCGCAAACGGGAUAUUUAGGCUUUGAUAGAAAACUGCAGAAUAGAUUUUUAAAAUCUUUUUAGAAAUAUAAUUUCCAUUUUAGAUGUAUAUAAUUGUAUCGCCCUUUUAAAAACAUUUAGUAUUUUGUACAUUUAUUGUAGUAUCAUAAAGUCAAAUAAAUUAUUUAUUUAUUUUUUACAGGAAAAUAAAGCUAUGUCUAUGUUUAAUGUAACAGAAUUAAGUAUGUUACUGCCAUUGUGCCAUUUUUUGUUUUUUUAGAGUACAGAAAAAUUAAUAAAUCUAAAAAAUAAAA